ACUUGUUUUUUAUACACCCAUAAUAAUAACCGGUAACCUAUAAUAUAUGAUUAACAUUUGAAUUUUGCGUAUUAAUUUGCAAUUCUCGAUUAGUAUAGUGCCAUUAACAUAAAAUAAACGCGUAGUUCUUACAAGAAGAGACUCGUGAUGGUUGAAGAAUCGGAACAGUUGCCACCGAUUGACGUGAAGGAACCCCUGGACCUCAUAAAAUUGAGCCUGGAGGAGCGGAUUUACGUAAAAAUGAGGAACGAAAGAGAGCUCCGAGGAAAAUUACACGCUUUUGAUCAGCAUUUGAACAUGGUGCUAGGUGAUGUGGAGGAAAUCAUAAACAUAGUGGAAAUUGAUGAAGAAACAUAUGAGGAAAUCUAUCGUCAGAAAAAGAGGACUAUUCAAAUGCUAUUCGUGCGUGGCGAUGGUGUAAUCCUGGUAUCUCCGCCUACAUAAGAUUACUAUAAUGCUGAUCCGAUAUCUCUCUCUCAUAAAACUAUAAAUACUAUGAAUACUUUUGUAUCUAAUGUGUAAUCUAAAAUGAAAUCUUACAUUAUUAAUGUUCAAAUAAUUUACAUCAAACUGAGCAGGCAAUUUUGUAUGCUUGAAAAAUAUUUUGCAGUCGAUUACAGUGUGAUUGUGGUAUUUCAUAAUAUAAUUACAUGUAUAUUAUAAGGUUUUGUAGGUAUAAUCCAAUUGGAUGGAUGUAAUAAAAUGUAUUCUUGUAAUG